AAGAUUGUUCGCGAAGAUUUCGGCUGAAAAUGUUACACGGUAGCGCAGUAACGAAAGUCCUGCUUCUUCUCACGAUUUAUGUUCAUUUAUCAUCGGCAGAUGUACACACUCUGCAGUUUUUCUUCACUGAAGUCACAGAAGUAAAUUUUCCAGAAUUUAGUCUUGUCGGCCUGCUGGAUGGAGAACAGAUUGUAUACUACAACAGCAACAACAGGACAAUGAUCCCAAAGACAGAUUGGAUAAAGAAGGUCAAAUCUGAUGAUCCAGGUUUCUGGGACAGUUUGACACUGCGAGCGCAAAGUGAGCAGGAGUGGUUCAAAGACCACAUGACAACAGUAAUGCAGAGCUUUAAUCAGACUGAAGGAGUUCACACAGCGCAGUUCAUGUUCGGCUGUGAACUCGAUGAUGAUGGCAUCACUAGAGGACACAGUCAAUAUGGGUAUGACGGAGAAGAUUUCAUCAGUCUGGAUAUGAAAACUGUCACCUGGACUGCAGCCCAUGAUGGAGCUCUAACAACCAAACAUAUUUGGGAGUCUACAGGACAUGAGGCUGAAUACUGUAAGGACUACCUCAAGUUUGAGUGCAUUGAAUCACUAAAAAAGUUUCUCAUUUACGGCAACGAGACUCUGAAAAGGAAAGCUGUUCCCAUGUUGUUGGUGUUCAAGAAACGCUCUCCUUCUCCAGAGGUGGUCUGUCAUGCUACAGGUUUCUUCCCCAAAGCAGUGAUGAUCACCUGGCAGAAGGACGGAGAGGACGUGCAUGAGGACGUGGAGCUCAGAGAGACGUUACAUAACCAGGAUGGAAGUUUCCAGAAGAGGAGCAUUCUGAAAGUCCCAGCUGAGGAGCUGCAGAAACACACCUACACCUGCGUGGUUCAGCACAGCAGCUUGGAGAAGGAGUUAGUGCGAGAAGUACCAAAAGGUGGAGGAUCAGGUGGAGAACCUCUUUCUUACAUCAUUGGUAUAGUCAUGAUUGUUGCAGCACUAGUUGUCAUUGCUGCUGGAAUUGUCCUCUGGAAGAAGAAGAAGUCUGACUUUAAACCUGUUUCACAAUCCUCGGUGAUCUCCUGUGAAGAAGAUUCCUCGUCAAUCAACUCUUAAAGUGCAUACAGAGGCCAAAGGAAGGAGUGUCCAUGAACAGCAAGUCUUGCCUUAACAAAGACGUCUGACAGGGGAGCAAGUUGCUAAUUAAAUUUGUUACUUUACAACAAUACUAAACAACAAUAAUAAAAUACUGCACACAAAUGUACACUAAAAUUAUUGGCACCUAGCAAACUUUCCUUUAAACAUCCUUUAAACAUUUUAACAGAUUGACCUUUUUAAGAAUUUGAUUACAGUUGCAUUUUUUUUCCUCUAGGUGUGAACGU